GCUCAACAUGACUCCUAACGCCACUGCUGUAUCUGCUCUGACUUAUGCGCCCCGCACCGUGGCCAUGAGAAAAGAAGCAAACGAACUGAGAAGAACUUUAAAACCCUUACUGGAAAAAAAACGACGAGCGCGCAUCAACGAGAGCCUCAGUCGAUUAAAAGCGCUCAUUCUCCCUCUCACAGGCAAAGAUAAUCGCCGUUACUCUAAACUGGAGAAAGCUGAUAUUUUGGAGAUGACCGUCAGAUUCCUGACUGAUAUUCAAUCCAUUCCGUCUAAAGAUAGCGCCGAUAGCUUUAAAGAGGGGUACGCAGCUUGCCUCCAGCGCGUUCCAGCGCGCCUUCCGCAAACCGGCCUCGACGCAGAAACCCGCAAUCGCAUCAACGAGUUCAUCGAGCAUUCAGUGAUGCCCAAGACCCCAGCCUGCCAGAACUGUUGUGCACAGAGCUCCAGAAUGAUGACACAAAUCCAACAAAGACUCCUGAAUUUGAAAUCUAGCAGCUCAAGAAUCGUAACCCCGGAAAAAAGCGACGCUGCGAUUCCCAGUCGACCUCAGCCUGUGCCACUGAUCACCGAUGCCAAAGUCUGGAGACCUUGGUAGACCUACCGUAAAAUUGACUGCUGUUAUGAUCUUUUA